CGUUUGGACCUAGAAUGGGUUAUCCUGGGCAAAGUAUGUCUGGACGGCGCUCACCAACCCGCUGAUGUGUCAUCGUAUAAGACACAUAUAUUACCAAAUGGAUGGCCUUUAGAACCUUGCCCUAACGCCUUGAUUGUGAAACCUCCUGAGUAUGAAUCCAACUUUAAAGGAAAAGAGAUGUUUAGUAAUGGUUACUUUGAUGACAGACUCGCAAAGAACGUUUUCGUAUGCACUGAAAACGAUGAUAAGCCAGGAAUGUCCGUGGAACACAGGAAGUCUGUCGAUAUAAUGGAAAGAAAUUUGGAGAAGAACGACGCUGGAAAUUGGACCGCACCGCUGCCGUUUUGUCACGAAGUGAUAACCUUGCCCGAAAGUCGCGGAGAGGCGUAUAAGAGACUUGAAUCUACAAGGAAAACGCUGGAUCGGAACCCGAUAAUGAAACAACACUACUUUGCAUUCAUGAAGAACCUGUUUGCCAAAGGACAUGCCGAACCAGUGCCGCCACAAGACCCAACUUUGCUGAAACCGUGUUGGUACCUGCCACACUUUGGGAUAUAUCAUCCGCAGAAACUUAAUAAGAUCUGUAUGGUGUUUGACUCUUCUGCCGAGAAUGGUGGUAUAUCCCUGAAUAAGUUGCUUUUGUCCGGUCCUCACCUUGUGAACAGUCUCCUCAGAGUUUUGUUGUGCUUCCGGAAGUAUUCUACUGCCUUCAUGGAGGACAUAGAACAAAUGUUUUAGUUUUACUCCUUUGUUGUCCCUGAAGACCACAGGGACUUCUUACGGUUUCUACUUCUUACGGUUUCUCUGGUAUGGCAACAAUGAUCCAGAUGGGGCAAUAGUAGAGUACAGAAUGAAGGUACAUAUAUUUGGAAAUACCUCUUCGCCAACAAUUGCCACCUUCGGUCUACGUAAGACAGCAGAGGUCGGAGAGCCGGAGUUUGGUUCCGAUGCAAAGGAAUUCGUUGAAAACAAUUUUUACGUGGACGAUGGUUUGAAAUCCAUGCCAAACAGACGACAAGCCAUCGACCUAUUGAAACACACUCAAGCAAUGUUAGCCACAGGGAAUCUACGUUUGCACAAAAUAUCGUCCAACGAUCUGCUGUCUCCUACCUGA